AUGUCGCAUGGAGAUUUAGCGGUCGCAGAAGCCCCAAGAGCCCCCCAUGGGACAUCAGAGCCCACAACUCCCACAUCACCGACAGAAAGACGGGGUUCCACGUUCAUGAGCUUCUUCGCAUCCAUCCUCGGCUCCAAGAACCCGCUGGCCCAUCCCGCAGACCCACAUCAAAACACCGUGUGGCUGCUCGACAACACGGCCUACCAGCCCGUAAACGACGAAACAGGCGAGACCAAAUCCUGGCACGCCGAAGUCGUCGCCUGUAUCUUUGAAAAGGGCGGCAGGAAAGAUAUAGGCAAGAUCGUUGCCCUGAUCGCCGACUAUAUCGGGCUCGACGGCGAGCGUGGCGGCCACGAAGAUGCUCGCAAGCGCAUCGAGCUCCGUAUCCAGCCUUUCCUAGAUGCAGUCUCACCUUCACGGACGGUGACUCUCCAAGUCCCCAUUUCUAGGCCGGCACAGACCCACGGUCUAGGCCCAUCUGACCGCAACGGCAUUAUCAGCCAAACCUUCGAUAUGGGCCACCUCCGCGUUGAAGACGGGGCCGUAGUCAGACCCCGCUUGCAUGAUUUCGGAGAUGAAACCGUAUCCAUGUAUACGACCUUCGCUGCACCAGAAGGGUGGCUGGUGAUUUCCGAUAUCGACGAUACGAUCAAGCGCACCAAGACCCUCGAGCCGACGGGUAUCAUACAAACCACUUUUGCAGAUAUCCCGGAGCCAAUCGCGGGUAUGCCCGAUUUAUACGAUUAUCUCGAUGCCGAGCUGUUCCCGGCGUGGUUUUAUCUCUCAGCAUCACCGUAUAACCUGUAUCCGUUCCUGCAUAGCUUCCUGGAUGAGCACUACUGCCCCGGCACAUUAGUGCUGCGUGAUUACUCGUGGUUGGAUAUCACAGGUCUGAUCAAGUCUUUCACGGAGAAAACGCAGGAGUACAAGGUUGAGCGCAUGGAGAAAAUUCACAACUGGUUCCCGCGUCGGAGAGUUCUGUGUAUUGGGGAUUCGACGCAGAAGGAUCCCGAGGCUUAUGCUGAGAUGUACGCGAAGUAUCCGGAGUGGAUUCACGCCAUCGUGAUUCGCAAGGUGCUAGACGUGGCUCAUAUGGAGGAGAAGAAUGAGCCAGAGAGGUUUGAGAAGGCGUUUGAAAAUGUGCCAGAUCACAUCUGGACCGUUUUCGAGGACCCGAGGGAGUUAUAUGAUUUUGUUGAUGGACUUGGAAUGGAGGAUCAGGAUUUGUAA